AUGCAUUCCCCAUGAUGCAUUCAGGCUGAAGACUGAAGACUGAAGCUCAGCUGAGGAAAGGCCCCGGCAAUGUGGCGUUCAUGGUUUCUCGUGGCAGUGCUGACUGGGAGUGUAUUCCCAGUGUCAGGGUUCAGUAAUGGGAAGGUGACUGCUGCCUGUGGAAACAUGAUGCCUCGGCAUGGUGAUGGCCCUAGCCCUGCCCCCCCUCCAUUCAGCAUCACCGUGGAUACAGCCUCAUUCACCCCUGGGGACAACAUCACAGUGACUUUACAAGAGGCCUCCUCCACCCCCACGUACUUCAAGGGGUUUCUGAUAGAAGCUCGGGAUGCUGGGAAACCGAACUCCCCCACCGUGGGUUCCUUCCUCCUGACUGACCCACAGGAGUCCCAGCUGCUGCAGUGUGGACACACUCAGGGAUCUGGGGUGAGCCACAGGAGAGACUCAAGAAAGACUCGCAUUCAGGCCGUGUGGGAACCUCCAAACAACCCUCCACAGAGAGUCCAGUUUCUUGUGACGGUGCUGCGUGAGUAUAAGGUGUUCUGGGUGAAGAUGGAAGGUCCUGUGGUGUCUCUUCACGGAGCGACUGCUGCUCCAUCCACUCCUGCUCCUCCUCCAACCAGCAGCCCCCCCCCUCUGUCUGAGCCGGUCAGUCAUCAUCACAAACACAAUGAUAAUACCAGAG